ACACCACAAUAUUUUAAACAAUGUGUUUAUUAGCAUUAUCAAGAUAUAGUUUAAUAAGUUUGAAACUAAAUAACCGCCAUUUUGAGAUUUAACUUUUCUUUCAAAAUGCGUUGUAUAAAUUCAUCCGGCACGUGUCCUGCUGAUUCAAUGAUCUUUUGCACAUCCUGCAUGUUCAUUUAUAUUUAACCUUGCAAAGCAAAUACAUCAAAUACGCAGUAUGUGCACGUGUUGAGCAUUUUUCUACAAACUCCAUAAAUAGUUUAAUUUUCUAACCUCAAAACACCUAGUUACGGACGUCGUAAACUAAAAUAAACUAAUUUUAACAUGAAGGCUGCUACAUUUUUCGUAUGUUGUGUUAUUGGAUCCAUAGUGUAUUUAACAUUUUCGUAUUAUUACUUGACUGAGGAUGAAUCAAAAUAUCCAAUAUUACUCUGGUGGACUGAUUUCGUCCUGGAACAAGAAACAAUCACAUGCAAUAAAAGUAGAAAAUGUGUGGUUAGUGGCAAUCUCGAACAUUUAAAUCAUAACAAUCUGGAAGCAGUGAUCUUCUAUGGAUCACUCCUAGAUCUAGAAAAUAUGCCCAAACAUAAUCCAAAUAUAUAUUGGGCUCUCUUCCAUGAAGAAUCUCCUAAAAACCAACCAGCAUUAAGAAGUUUAAAACUGCAGCAAAUGUUUAAUAUUACUUCUACUUUCAGCAGGCACAGCACAUUCCCAAUCACUUUACAGUAUCUUGAGAGCUUGGAAGCUCUGACUAGUCUUGAGUUUUUUGUUGAUGUUCAGGUGAAGAAUAAGUUAAUAAAGUACAGGGAGCAUGCACCUAUUUUAUAUAUUCAAUCAGCUUGUGAUACUCCUAUUAAGAGGGAUGAUUAUGUGAAGGAAUUAAUGAAGUAUUUUAAGGUAGACUCAUAUGGUGCAUGUUUGAAUAAUAAACAAAUGCCUAGAGAAUUGAUGUCUGAAACUGGAACAAUUGAAUUUUACUCUGAAAAGUUAUUGGAACUGAAUUCUAGAUAUAAAUUUAUUAUUGCAAUUGAAAAUGCCAAAUGUGAAGAUUAUAUUACUGAGAAAUUUUGGAGGCCUUUGAUUGUCGGGGCUAUUCCCAUUUAUUUAGGGGCAACAACGAUAAAGGAUUAUUUACCAAAUGAAAAAUCCGCAAUAUUAAUGGAUGAUUUUCAUUCAAUUGCAGCAUUAGCUGCCUAUAUAACAAAAGUAAACAACGAUGAUAAUCUGUACAAUAGCUAUAUGAAUCAUAAACUUCGAAAUCAAAUCACCAACGAACGAUUGCUGACUUUAUUCAAGCAUGGAGGUUCUCUAGGGCAAGCCAACUACUAUUACGAUGUCAUUCCAUCAUUCCAAUGUUUUAUCUGUGAUGCAGUUUAUGAUAAGCUAGUCAUCGACCAAAAUGAAAAGAACGUCUACGAUUGCCAGUACCCAGAGGACAAGACAUGGCAUUACAGCUGGAAGCUAGGCGAAGAAAAUGCCGAACGUUUUCUGUGACAAAACUACAUCGAUUAACAACAAUUACUAUAUUUUAUGUGAUCUGACAACAUGUGAUAAGACUUUUUAUAAAUUUGUAACAUUGCUCGAUUAA